UGUAAUUCAUCACAGAUGAGUCAUUCUUUCAGACACGCCUGUUUUUGUCAUUUACAUAUCGAAUCAGGAAGUGUGCGAUUCUGGUAGUGACUUUGUGUGAGUUUGUUUCUCAGUAAAAUGGCAGACGCUGAUAUUUCUGUAACCCGGGAACAGUUAAACUGCUCAAUCUGUCAUGAUCUACUCAGGGAUCCAGGGACUCUUCUCUGUGGACACAGUUUCUGCAUGGAAUGUAUUAAUAGCUACUGGAAUCAGAAUGAUGAGAAGGGAGUCUAUAGCUGUCCUCACUGUAGACAAAGCUUCGCUCCAAGACCUGUUGUGAGUAAAAACAUUGUUCUGGCUGAUGUAGUGGAGACAAUUCAAGCUACACCUCCUGCUCAGAGUUCUGCUGGAUCUGUAUAUGUGGAGUGUGAUUCCUGCACUGAGAAAAAACAGAAAGCCAUCAAGUCCUGUCUGGUGUGUCUGGCCUCUUUCUGUGAGACUCACCUCCAGCCUCACUAUAAAUCUCCUGCCUAUAAGACGCACAAUCUGGUGGAAGCCUCCAGACGACUCCAGGAUAAGAUCUGCUCUCAGCAUGGCAAACUGCUGGAGGUUUACUGUCGCAUUGACCAGCAGUGUAUCUGCAUGUUGUGUAUGUUGGAUGAACAUAAAGGACACGAUACAGUAUCGGCUGCAGCAGAAAGAUCUGAGAAACAGAAGCAAUUGUUGGAGACUCAGAAAAAAAACAAGCAGAAAAUCCUGGACAGAGAGAAGAAGCUUCAGGAGCUAAGGAAGACUGUGGAGACUCAAAAACGCUCAGCACAAACGGCAGUGCAGAAAAUGGAGAAAAUCUUUACUGAGCUGAAAAAAUCUAUUGAGGGAAGACUCACUGAACUGACAAAGCUAAUUCGAGAUCAGGAGAAAGCUGCAGUGAGUCAAACUGAAGAAACCAUCAAGAAACUGGAGGAGGAGAUUGCAAAUUUGAAGCAGAGAGACACUAAGAUGGAGGAGCUUUUACACACAGAAGAUUCCAUCCAGUACCUACAGAGUUUUCAGUCUGUUUCAAAUCCAGUUAGGCCUUUAAACCUGGCCACCAUCACCUCAUGUCCUGUCGUAACGUUUGAGAAUGUAAUAAAGUGCGUGUCUCAACUCAAAGGAAAGGUGGAGGAGUACUCUAAAAGUGAGUGUGAGAAGAUCUCAAGAGUAGGUACACUCUCUGUUUUGGAAAGCAGAGCAGCACACGCUUGCGGAGUGGGCCUUUCUAAUUCAGCACGGCAGGAUGGGACUCAACAGCAACCCUCCUCACCUCUCAAGACGAAAAUGAUAAAAGGAGUCAAAGAAGAGCAUAAGGAUAAUGUUAAGCCUUUGGAUUCAUUCAGUGCUUUCCCUCGCUCCUCCAAUGUGCAUGCUUCAGCUGUGCUCUUUCACUCAUAUUCCAGGAUUCAGCCCCCAACUAUGACUGGUUACUGUACCCAGCAACCAAGCCCUUAUUCUCGACCUCCCUCUGACACUGAAAAGGCGACUUUCAGUCAACCCAAGAAGGACCCCAACUUCUGAACUUUCUCCAAAACCAAUAUUUUUUUCUUCUCCCUCUCUUUAUUUGGUUUAAACCCUUGGGUGGUGAUCAUGUUUUGUCACUUAGCCAAUGUGUAUUGGUCGGUAAACAUGUGGGUCGGUAUAUCAUGUUUAAUCCAUGUUCUUCCUUUGGGCACUGAUGUACUGUAUACAUUGAGCUGUGUGCACUGCAUUUCACCAGUAGAUGCUUGUAGGUGCCAUAGUGUAUGGACCCCGAUCACAAGGUGCGCCACAGCUUGUAUAUUUGGUUAAAUUUUAUUUCUUUGUCAUUAUUGGUUAGAAAAAGUGAUGCCCACAGCAGAUCAAUACUGUGACACAUACCCCUGUUAAAAGGGUCUAGUGAACCACUCGUGGGUCAGAAUCUUUAUUCAUACUGUCAAUGCAUCCUUUCGUGUUUAAGGCAUGCCCCGCCAUGUUCUGCUUUUUAUUGCCUCAAUGUUCUUGCCUUAAAUAAUUAUCACGCCUCCAUAAACAUAACCAACAAGAGCUUUGUAAUAACCCAGCGUUUUGUGUUUUCAAUUACUUUAAAAAUUUGUAUUGUAUGUUUACAUCUCCAUUUUUUGACCUUGUACAGCCUUUUUAUUAGAUUUAAUAUUGGUUCUUGUAAACUAAUAGAAAUCAACAUUCAUGUUACACCAGGAUUGCAGAUUUUGUAAUACAAUGGUGGUCCAAAUGUCUGGAACUAUCAGCAUGUUUCCUUAUAUGACGUCAUAUUUUCAUUUUAUUUUAGACUCAACAUGGCUUUGAAAUGAACUCGUAUAGAAAAUUAAAUAUGACAUUAUUAUGUAUGCAAGACAGGUUUCUAUAUAUAUAGACAAAGCUACUGCUGCUGGAUUUUAUAGCAUUUGCUUGUUUGCCUUUAGAGCCUAGACUGUUUUAUCACCCUGUAUACAGCAAUCGCAUCUUACAGUACUGUACCUAUUGCUGUAAUGUACUUAACCAGAAUGAAUAAACUUCACUGUAAUUGCAAACAAAUGCCCUGUCAUUUACUC